GAGAAACAUGGAGGACGAGCACGUCAGCAGGGUUGCAGUCGCUUGUGUAAAAUCCAGACAAAGUGUGUUUAUGUAACCUUCUCCACGGGUUAUUGGCUAACGAAAAUCAAGACGUUGACGUGAAAUGUCGCUGAGUGCUUCGUGUGACUCGGCCCGUCAGAAAAGAAGUCUUUCAAGCCUUCUUGAUAGUCACUCUCUGAAAAGGCCAAAGCAAGGAGAUGGUCAGUGGCUGCAGAAAGCAGCCAUCCAGUUGUUGGAGCAGCAGCAGGAUCUCUGCAGCCUGUUCAAAGAGAUUGGGGCAAGCAAUCCAAUCAACAGCACCGGAGAGGAGCAAAGGAAGGAAGUCGCUGAAGGCAUCCCAUCAGACGUUGAAGGAUCACUUUUGGUGUCAGGGUUGAGACGCCAAGCUCGGCAGCUUGCUGUGCCGCUGGCAACACUUUCAGUGAAGUUGGUGCUGGAGAGGCUGAGGGAGAUCACUGGAAGUGAGGACAAUGACCGGGAGAUCCUCACCGCACCCCAAAGUGUCAAGCUGUGCGCCCUGCUGGAGUCUGCCAAAGAGCUGUUGAUACAUGGAUGCCUCUGCCCCAAGCUGCUUUGGCAGGAAUACAGGAAGUAUCAUAAACUACCCAAGCUGGAUAUUGUGUACCAACUUCACUUGAACGGUGUCCUCACAUUAAAGGAUCUUUUAAAGAGCGAUGAAGGAGUGAGGUUGUGGUUGGUCCCACAAUUGAAGGCUCUGUGCAGUUGGACACCUCUACAGGAAGACAAAGAAACCAUACAGGCUCAGCAGAAAGUGAUGUCAGGUAUUGUAGGUUUGCUGGUCAGCUUUGGCUUCCAGUCGAGUCAUGAGCCAGCAGCAAUGGAGAAGAGGGACUUUCUGCUCUGCACUUCCGCUUUAGAUGCCAUGCUGUUCUGGUUUCUGGACACUGUCGAUAGAACUUCAACACAGAAAUUAUGUGAAACUGCCACAGAUAGAUGGUGUCAGCUGUUUGCUGACGUUUCAACAUACCCAGAUGUCAGUAAGCGCUUCUUCAUGCACUCACUUACACAGACGCUCACCUAUAAGCCUCGCCUUACAGUGUCAGAUGCAAUUAGUCUGCAGAACAAAUGGACCUUUGAAAAAGCCAGUCGGUUGCUCACCUCCCUUUUUCGCAAGCUGUCGGUGAUCUUCAGUGUGGAUCAGCUAUUGCGUCACCUUCAGCAGGUUUUGGAAACCCACGAGGUUAACUGGAAACACGUGCUGUGCUUUCUUUCAACACUGCUGGUGUACAACCCUUCUGCGCAGCCCAGUCUGAGAGAGCUUCUGUCCCGACUGCUGACUUCUGCAUUUGAAGGUUAUGACUUGGAGAGCAUGAUAACUGCCUUCUUGUUGGCACGACAGGGGGCGCUGCAGGGGCCUGCCAUCUUUCCCUCCUACUGCGACUGGUUCAAGGGGUGUUUUGGUGGGGCCAGUGGUUUCCACGCAACCAGCAAGAAAUCUUUGGUGUUCUUGCUCAAAUUCCUGUCUGACUUGGUGCCCUUUGAACCCCCACAGUACCUCAAGGUGCACAUCCUCCACCCCCCAUAUGUACCUGUGAAAUACCGCAGCCUCCUGAUGGAGUAUGUUUCCCUGGCUAAGACCAGACUGGCUGACCUCAAGGAGUCAGUUGAGGAGAUGGGUCUUUAUGGAGACAUUUCUGGUGCUGAAGCUGCACCGGUGCAGUGCCAGGCUGUCCAGGAUGUAGAUAAAGCUGUAUCUCUUUUUGAGAGUACAGGGAGACUCUCUGCCACAGUCAUGGAGGCCAGUAUUUUCCGUCGGUCAUAUUUCCUCACAAGGUUUCUUCCUACUCUGCUAAAGCCAAAAGUGCUUCCUGUGAAAGCAGAUGCUCAGAUGAGUUUCAUCGAGGCCCUAAAAAAGGCAGAUAAGAUUCCUGCUGCCCAAUAUUCAGCAUACGUGGACUCCUGCCAGAGACUAAGACAGCAAGAGGGGAAUGUAGUGCGUGUGGACAAUCAUGACCAUCCUUUGGAGCUCCUAGAAGUUCAGCUGCAGGAGCUUGUGGAGCAUGUUGUUGAUGGAAGUGAAGGAGACAUUUCAGCCCAAUUGUCCAAGAUUUCUCACACUUUGGGCUUCAUUUUUCCUGGUCUAACCACUGACGCCUUUGAACAGGAAGUCAUCCAACUUCAAACUGACACACCACCGUUUUCAGAGCUCCACAUGAAGGUUGUCAACGUGAUUCUCAGAUGGUUUUGCCAGUGCAUUUUAGAUUCUUCCAAAGUGCUAUCCCCUAAUAAACAAAUGACGUGGGCUUCCAGGUUUGUGAGUGUAUUCGCUUGUAACAUACAACUCCUCUCCUGCCUUCUACACAGAAUUUGGGAUCUACUCCAUAACCAGGGCUCCUUGCUGAGUGGGCCACACAUGCUGGGUCUUGCAGCUUUUGUUGUCCACCUCCAUGCUUCCACGUUGCAAAGGCCUUUAGUUCAUCUGGCAUCACUGUGCCCCGCCAAGCCAGUACCUAUCUCAGAGACCCUUAGCUCAGCAUUGGUGUGCAGCACACAAACUAAUAUGCUGUUUUGUGUCAGAUUCUGCAUGGCUGCUGUGAGCUACGGGAUCUGUAGAGGUGAUUCGUUGACUCAGCCGCUAAAAGACUUGAUUCCCAGCAGCUUCUACAAGAAGCUUCAGUACCUUAUCCCAAGACUGUUACCUGAAGCCAGAAGGACUGCUGGAAGUAAAGAGGCUGGAAUUCAGGAGACGGACAGUUUUGGGCUGUGGAGCAAUGCCAAAGACAGCAGCAGCCAUUGGAAAAAGACAGCUUGGUGUCUUUGGAGACAUCCUGCUUUCAGUCAGCUACGACAAGCACCCCAAUAUCAGUUAUCCUUUACAGAAUGGCUGGCAAAUGAAUCCCAAGUGGAAAGAAGUAAAGACGCCAUGACUGACUCAGAACGACUGGAGUACCACCAGUGGGCAUGUCUGCACCUUUAUCUAACUGCUCCAGAUAAUGAGGGUGGCUGUGGAGGAAGCAUGAAAAGUGUUUUCUUUCAUCUCAUUCAUGCCCUCAUGGACCAGCAGUCCAGUGAGAAGAGUCCAAAAGAUCACGCAAUCUCACAGAGAGGAACCUGUCUUCCAGACAUCAUCUGCAUAUUACAGGAAGUGGUGUAUGAGAUGGAUCUGACCACCCCUGCUGUUAGUCACCCAGGCAGCUCUGAUGUAUGUGACUUCCUGUUUGAGUUGGCGUCUGAGAGGUUUUCCGGCUCACUGACUGAAGCUUCAGCACAACUCAGCUGUGAACACACACUAAACACAUGGAACAGAGUACUGCUGGCUCUCCCAUCAGUGAGUUUUAUUAAGGUGAAGGCUGAAGAAGGUAGGAGGCAUCUGGACUGUGACAAACUGAUCCAACAUAUCAACCAACAUCAGAGGAGUGUGUGUUUACCAGGCGGAUUGUUGUCCUUUCAUCUGACGUCACACUUCUUGAAAGGUAUUUUGUAUGCCAGUGCACGCUGCAGUCAUGUUGGGGAAGAAUUCUGCAAGACCUGGUCUCUGAUCAGCCAGCGUUGUCCUCUGCUGCUGGUCUCCACAGUGUACUGGUGGGACCGCAUGUCUGCAGCGAUGUUAUCGUUGUGGUGUCGUCUGAGUGAUGGAGAGACACCACCAGCGCAGCUGCAGAUCAUUGCUAGCAGCCAACACUGGGCCUGCAGCUUAAUGGGGGGCCAGUUGCUGCGGGUCCCUUCAGCUCCUGCACUGCUGUUGGCCUCCAGCAUUUAUGAAGCCCUGCAAGGCAGGCAGGAUGUCCAUGCUGCUCUCAGCCUCCUGGAACCAGACAAGGACUUUAAACACAGAGAGGUUCUCGUCUUCCUGCUUUUCUUGUGUGUGAACAACUACCUGUCAGCCCUCCUUUAUCCUCAAGAAAAAUGUCAUCGGAAAGCUAUUAAGCUGUGCACUGAAGUUUUAAGAGUGGCAGUGGAUUCUACCGACUGGCUUCUCAUCUUUAAAUCCAAUGCUGCAGAAAAGGGAGUUUAUCAGAGUGUUACCAUGGUGACGUCGGAUCGAUGUGAUCAACUAAUGCCGUGGGCUUUCUACAGUGUGUUGCUUGAGCAGAGCGCCGAGUUGCGUCACAAAGUUGUGCGUCGUCCAGACUUCCUCAGCGUAGCAGUGUGUUGUUACAUCGGCCUGCAGCAGAUCUUCCUGGACGGAUUCGCCAUCAGUGACCCACCUGAAAGUCAGAUUCUGAGCCGCAGCAAACGCUUCCUGCUCUCGGCCAUCCCGCACACGCCGGCUUCUUCCUCAUCCUGCAGGCUGCUGACACAGCUGCAGACUCAGUGCGUGGAUGUUGAUCCAGAGGUGGCGGCAGCUCUGUUUGCUCACCUGAACGCUCACACGCUCAUUACUGAGAUGGAGUUCCUCUGAGAAGAUCACAUAUUAUUCAUAAAUUCAAAACAGCUGCCUUUUUUUUUGGAUAUUUCCAAUAAAAGUUUUUUUUUUUUUUUUGUAAAAUACUAAUUAAUGUGUUUAUGAUACACAUAUCCCUUAUUAUUACCACAAAUUUACUUGCUUAUAUGUUACUAUAUGGUAACAUAUAAGCUUCUGAAAAAAAUAAAUAAAUACAUUAGGGGUGUGGGAAAAAAUCGAUUCGAAUACGAAACGAAUCAUUUACGUCAAGGGUGUCAAACUCAAAUACAGAGUGGGCCAAAAUUUAAAACGGAAUAAAGCCGCGGGCCAAAGUUGAACAAAUUAACCUUUUAAUAGGGACCCAAACAAGUUUUGCAUUAAAUAUUGAACAAGCAAGGCUUAUAUAACUUUAGUGCAAAAUCCAGUUUCAAAUAAUAAUAACAAUAAUUAAAAGAAUAUCAAUGGCAUAUAAAAUAAAAUUUAAAUAAAAGUAUUUUUCUAUUUGCAAUCUUCUGAGGUAAAUAUCAUUUUUUUUCCACAGGCUAAUAAUAAAUUUGAAAAUAAAAUAACAAUAAUGAAUGAACCAAACAUUCAAGCCUUGACGUAGCAAGAGAAAAUGCAUGAAUAAAACGUUAAAUAUUGGUCAGUUUGCUGGAAGUUUCCCGGAAGAGUUAGUGCUGCAAGGGUUUCUGGGUAUUUUUUCUGUUGUGUUACAGUGCGGCUGUUCACCCAAAAUGUGUUUGUCAUUCUUGUUUGGUGUGGGUUCACAGUGUGGCGCAUAUUUGUAACAGUGCUAAAGUUGUUUAUACGGCCACCCUCAGUGUGACCUGUAUGGCUGUUGACCAAGUAUGCGUUGCAUUCACUUGUGUGUGUGUGUGUAUGUGUAAAAGCCACAAAUAUUAUGUGACACGCUGUUAGUAUGGAGGAAAAGCGGACGUGACGACAGGUUGUAGAGAACGCUAAAGGCAGUGCCUUAAAUGCACGCCCCCAAUAUAGUUGUCCAGGUGGAAAUCGUUAGAAAUUCAGGAGAAUGGUUGCCCCGGGAGAUUUUCGGGAGGGGCACUGAACUUCGGGAGUCUACCGGGAAAAUUAGGAGGGUUGGUAAGUAUGAGUAUUAGCGGUGAAUGUGGUGUUACAGCGGCACCGACGCUGUACAACACCGGCGGGCCAGCUCCAAUGCUAAAUUGAUAUUGCCUCAAGGGCCAAAUUAAAUUACACGGCGGGCCAGAGUUUGACACCCAUGGUUUACGUUGUGCGACUCAGAAUCGAUUCUUAUUUUUCAAAAAUCAAUUUUUUUUUAAUCAAUCCAACAAACCACUACACAGCAAUACCAUAAUCAAUAUUACUUAUAAUUUCAGCAUAGCAGUGAUUAAAAAUCCCUCAUUGACAUUAUCAUUAGACAUUUAUAAAAAAAAAAAAAAAAAGAACAAUAGUGUCACAGUGGCUUACACUUGCAUCGCAUCUCAUAAGCUUGACAACACACUGUGUCCAAUGUUUUCACAAAGAUAAAAUAAGUCAUAUUUUUGGUUUAGUUAAAACAAAUUUACAUUAUUGCAAUCAGUUGAUAAAACAUUGUCUUUUACAAUUAUAAAAGCUUUUUUUUUUAAAUCUACUAUUCUGCUAGCAUGUCAGCAGACUGGGGUAGAUCCUGCUGAAAUCCUAUGUAUUGAAUGAAUACAGAAUCGUUUUGAAUCGGAAAAAUAUCGUUUUUGAAUCGAGAAUCGAAAAAAAUCGAUAUAUUAUCGAAUCGUGACCCCAAGAAUCGAUAUUGAAUCGAAUCGUGAAACACCCAAAGAUUCACAGCCCUGAAAUUCAUAUAUAUACAUAUAUAUAUAUAAAUAUAUAUAUAUAUAUAUAUAUAUAUAUAUAUAUAUAUAUAUAUGCAAAAGCAAUAGGGGCUCAAACCCCUCACAGAAGAAGUAAUUAUACACAACCCAAGUUGCACUCAACCUGCAAAGCUAAAGGUUAAAUGAAGUAUUUCACAUCUGUAAAGUGUAUAUAAGGCAUACAUGUAUACAGGCAAAGAGCUGUGUAGGAAUGAGAACUGAUGUAAAACACAAAAGUUAAAUGGAGUCUUAAAAACAGUGAUAUAUAUAUAUAUAUAUAUAUAUUUUUUUUUUCCUGAAGGAAUCAAUAAAGUACUAUCUAUCCA